AUGGAAAAUUCCUUCUUAUACAGUCCAGCGGAUGCGCUGGACCAUUUCAAUGUCUCGGAGCACAAGGGUCUAUCCCAGGAUGCGGUCCUAAAGUCUCGUCAGAAGCACGGUCCGAAUGCCUUGGCCGAGGACCCCCCGACUCCCAUGUGGGAGCUGAUUUUGGAACAAUUCAAGGAUCAGCUAGUUCUCAUUCUUUUGGGCUCGGCUGCCGUGUCCUUCGUGCUCGCUCUGUUUGAAGAAGGCGAUGACUGGACUGCCUUUGUCGACCCGGCUGUGAUCCUGACCAUUCUUAUCCUUAACGCGGUCGUCGGCGUGACGCAGGAAAGCAGUGCAGAGAAGGCGAUUGCGGCUCUUCAGGAAUAUUCGGCUAACGAGGCAAAGGUUGUUCGCGAUGGAAAGCCCCAGCGUGUCAAGGCGGAGGAUCUGGUUCCCGGCGACGUGAUCCAUAUUGCUGUCGGUGAUCGUGUCCCGGCUGACUGCCGUCUGCUCUCGAUCCAGAGCAACAGCUUCCGUGUUGACCAAGCUAUCCUGACCGGCGAGAGUGAGAGUGUCGGGAAAGACACCAAGGUUAUCAAGGAUCGCCAGGCCGUCAAGCAGGAGCAAAUUAACAUGCUCUUUUCGGGAACUACUGUGGUCAAUGGCCAUGCCACUGCCUUGGUUGUGUUGACGGGCGGUUCGACUGCCAUUGGUGACAUUCACGAGAGCAUCACGUCGCAGAUUUCCGAGCCCACCCCGUUGAAGCAGAAGCUGAACGACUUUGGUGAUAUGCUCGCGAAGGUUAUUACCGUUAUCUGCGUCUUAGUUUGGCUUAUCAACAUCGAGCACUUCAACGAUCCCUCCUUCGGAGGCUGGACGAAGGGUGCCAUUUACUACCUGAAGAUUGCCGUGUCUCUCGGUGUCGCAGCUAUCCCUGAGGGUCUUGCCGUGGUCAUCACCACCUGCUUGGCUCUUGGAACCCGCAAGAUGGCCCAGAAGAAUGCCGUUGUCCGCUCCCUUCCUUCGGUGGAGACCCUGGGUAGCUGCAGCGUUAUUUGCUCUGACAAGACCGGAACCCUGACGACCAACCAGAUGAGCGUGGAGAAGAUUGUUUACCUGAACAGCUCCGGCAAGGGUCUGGAGGAGAUUGAUGUUGAAGGUACUACCUUCGCUCCCAAUGGCCAACUCUCCCGCAAUGGCAAGCCCGUCGAGAACGUGGCUGUUUCUUCGUCCACUGUCGCCCAACUGGCUGAAGUCACCGCGAUCUGUAACGCCGCGACUCUCUCGCAUGAUGCCAAGACCGGUGUCUUCUCUAACGUUGGUGAACCGACCGAGGCCGCUCUGCGUGCCUUGACCGAGAAGAUCGGUACUCCCGACGCCGCCGCGAACCAGAAGAUCUUCAGCCUGCCCGCCUCCGAGAGGCUGCACGCCGCUAGUGCUCACUACGAAUCCCGUCUUCCUCUUCAGGCUAUCUACGAGUUCUCGCGUGACCGCAAGAGCAUGUCCGUUCUUGCUGGCAAGGGCAAGGAACAGAAGCUGCUCGUCAAGGGUGCCCCCGAAACCAUUCUGGAGCGCUGCUCUCACGUCUUGCAGGGUGCCGAUGGCUCGCGCGUGGCUCUCACCAAGAGCCACUCCGAGCUGCUCUCCGAGGAGGUUGUCGAAUAUGGUAACCGUGGAUUGCGCGUUAUGGCUAUUGCCAGCGUCAAUGGUGUAUCUGGAAACCCGCUGUUGAAAGAUGCCCAAAGCUCCGAGGACUACGCCAAGCUUGAGCAGAACAUGACCCUCAUUGGCCUUGUUGGUAUGCUGGACCCCCCUCGCCCCGAGGUCGCCGACUCUAUCAAGAGGUGCCACGAGGCUGGUAUCCGCGUCAUUGUUAUUACUGGUGAUAAUCCCAACACCGCCGAGUCCAUCUGUCGCCAGAUCGGCGUUUUCGGUGCCAACGAGGAUCUUACUGGAAAGAGCUUCACCGGACGCCAAUUUGACAGCCUUAGCGAAACCGAGAAGUUGAAGGCCGUCCAGACCGCAUCCCUGUUCUCCCGUACCGAGCCCAGCCACAAGACUAAGCUGGUUGACCUGCUCCAGUCCCUGAACCACGUCGUUGCCAUGACCGGUGACGGUGUCAACGAUGCCCCUGCGCUCAAAAAGUCCGACAUUGGUGUUGCAAUGGGUACCGGUACUGACGUGGCCAAGCUCGCAGCCGACAUGGUUCUUGCGGAUGACAACUUUGCUACCAUCACCGUCGCCGUUGAGGAAGGUCGCUCCAUCUACAGCAACACCCAGCAGUUCAUCCGUUACCUGAUCUCGUCCAACAUUGGUGAAGUCGUUUCUAUCUUCAUUACCGCUGCCCUGGGAAUGCCCGAGGCUCUUAUUCCCGUUCAGCUGCUGUGGGUCAACCUGGUUACCGACGGUCUGCCCGCCACUGCCCUGUCCUUCAACCCUCCGGAUCACGAUGUCAUGCGCCGUGCUCCCCGCCGCCGCGAUGAGGCUCUUGUUGGUGGUUGGUUGUUCUUCCGCUACAUGGUCAUCGGUAUCUACGUCGGUGCUGCCACCGUCUUCGGCUACGUAUGGUGGUUCUUGUAUAACCCCGAGGGUCCUCAGAUCACCUUCUGGCAAUUGUCUCACUUCCACCACUGCUCAGCACAGUUCCCUGAGAUCGGUUGCGAGAUGUUCUCCAAUGACAUGUCCAAGUCCGCCUCGACCGUGUCUCUUUCCAUCCUCGUGGUGAUCGAGAUGCUCAACGCUAUGAACGCCUUGUCGUCGAGCGAGUCUCUCCUGACUUUCUUCCUCCACAACAACCCUAUGCUGAUCUACGCCAUCACCCUGUCGAUGGCUCUCCACUUCGCCAUUCUCUACAUCCCCUUCCUUCAGGGCCUGUUCGCGAUUAUACCCCUGGACUGGAUCGAAUGGCAGGCCGUGUUGGCUAUCAGUGCUCCUGUGAUUUUGAUCGACGAAAUUCUCAAGUUCUUCGAGCGCCAGCUAUACACCACCCACGUGGCUGUUUCCCCGAUUGCCCAGAACGGUGCCGCGGGCAAGCCCAAACGUGCCUAA